UCUAAUUACAAGUGGAUGUUAGUGGAGAGCGAGUGGCGGCCCGACUCGCGCCCUGCUGCAUAAGGAACAUUCGAGUGAAUGCACGCCGCUCUAUAAAUACGAGCUGCACUCGCGCGCCUCUACUAUUUACUCUAAACCCAUUGUUGAAGUCUGCACUAUGCUAAGGGUAGCGUUGGUUCUGUGUGUCUUCCCGGCUGUGUUCGGUAUCAUAGUGAGGGAUCCCCCGCCGUCGCCGAACGACUACAAGUAUUCCUACAAUGUUCAGGACCCGACUACUGGGGACAGUAAGAGCCAGCACGAGGUGAGGCAAGGCGAUGUCGUCACUGGAGCUUACACGGUGCUGGGGCCCGACGGGACCAAGAGGACGGUGGAGUACACAGCCGACGCGAAGCACGGGUACAAGGCAGUGCUGCGGGAGGACCGACCCGCGCCCAUAGUGCCGCAGCCGCCUAUUCCGUACCACCACUACUACCCUGUAAACCCUGUUCAGCAUCAUACACCUAGUCCCCGAACAUACACAGUUCGCGCGCAAGUGUUACACAGUGCUCCUCCGAACGACUACGCAGAGGAACAAGAACAGCCAACGUUAUACUUCACCCGCUCCAACGAGGUUGAGCCCAGACUGGACUUUGAUGGUCACUACUUUCUACCGGCUACAACAAGCAAGUAUUAGACUAGACUGAUAAAUUAUGUGAUUCUUAUCCUGAACUUGUGAUAUUAGGUAAGAUAAUUGUUUAAAAUGGGGUCUGUAAAAUAUGCUGUGAAUAAGGUACCUAAUUAGAGAUAUUAAGAUUGAUGUACAUUAAGUGUAAACUCGUACCAAGUGAUUGUUUUGUGCAACUGUUCGGUCCGAAAGGUAAAUAAAAAACAUGAGCGGCCGCUUGAGAUUAAUAGAAAUAAAAGGUAAAGCAAGGCUGAAUGCGUACUUAGACCGAUAUUUUUUUUCUUAAACCGGCGGCGGUGUAGCGUAAACAGUGCGUUUUAUUUAACCUUAAUCCUUCCUUCCAAACGUAUGGGAAUUCAAUGACUCAUUAAACACUGUUACAUAUUAUAAGUGGACUAUUAAACAGUAUAGUUCCGGGGUAAAUCAGUUCACCGGAUCAGCUGGUUCAAGGCCAGGCGAGGGAAGUGGGUCGGCCGGCGAGAGGCGCGGCCUUACACGCUCGGGCCUUAAAACCAGCGAUUAUUUGAGCGAAGCGUAGCGACAGCGCGAUUUUAACGCAACCGUAUCUAAUGAGACGCGUGCCUGAUGUGUUCCGAACACUUUAACAUAAUGGCCGUUAAAGACAGACUUGUUCUUUUAUUUUGCUAUCCCCCACUAACAUUUGGAGGUUGUGCAAUCUGAUGUGUUGACCGUGGCAAUUUGACAAAGGCUGGCCAUGUGAACAUGACUUAUUGUUUUUCAUCAUUGAUGUGAUGUGAUUACUAUCAACAUAUUAAAGAAAUCAUAACAAAAUUGAUAGUGCCAAUGAGCUAGUUAAUUUUAUUAAUUUGCCACGAUAAGUCCUAUGCAUGUUUAUUGUGACGUUUUUUUCCGAGAUGUAAUGUAUCAAAUGGAUGAAUAAAGAGGGUGAGACAGACUAAAGAAAAACUGAAUAGACCAUCUGAAAGAGGAAUCAUGAAUUCUGUAAAGGGUGUUUAUAUGUGUAUGAGGACUGACAUAGAGGGAUGGAAGUAGAAAACUUAUUGCGCCGAACCUCAAAUAAAUUCAAGAAAAUCAUAAUUGACAACAAGCUAAUCAUUGACUAAUGCAUAAAUCCUCGUCACACAUUUGCUAUUGUCACAGACUAUUGUAAAUUCAAAAGAAAACUUCUGAUUCUAUCUAUAGGUAAUUAGGUACUAAUAUUAUAAGACAGGUAAAUCAGUCUACGUGAGUGUAUGACGUUGUACCUAAGUGGUAAUUUCUAGAAUCUAGAAAUAAAGAAAAUAGAUCUGCUGAA